AUGAGCAGCCAGGGAUUCGGCCCCGGGAGCCCCAAGUCCUUCCGCUACCCUAGAGCCGACUACGAUCUCGAGUCCGGGAUCCCCCGCAAGGGCCGCAAGCCCAAGGCCUCGCAUCUCGACGCCCCCGCCCCCCUCGGCUCGGCGCUGAUGAAGAUCCGCUUCUUCUACGAGGCGCACCCCGUCGCGGUCGCCCUCAUCCUGCUGUCCUUCGGGCUGAGCGUUCUGAUCCUCCUGUCCGUGUACGAGACCCGGUUCAGGACGAUGAGGAGCGGCGGCAAUGAGGUCGGGGCGCACCCGCUUCCGGGCCUCCGCAACCUCGUCAUGGUGGCCGGCCAUUCGAUAUACACCAGCGCCAGCUGCGGGAAGAUCGACCGCGAGGAUUCGUGGUUCUUGGAGCCGUACCAGAAGCACCCCGGCCAGGCGGCCACCUUCUUGGCGCACAUCAAGGAGGGGGUGGAGAUCGCGGCGAGGGAUGAGGGCGCGCUCCUCUUGUUUAGCGGUGGGGAGACGAGGAAAGAUGCAGGGCCGAGGAGCGAGGCGCAGAGCUACUGGGCUAUCGCAGAGUCGGAAGGCUGGUUUGGAAAUGAUGAUAGUGUAAGGAACCGGGCACUCACUGAGGAGCAUGCACGAGAUAGUUUUGAGAAUCUCCUAUUUAGCAUUUGCCGUUUCAGAGAACUCACUGGAACAUACCCACAGAAUAUAACUGUUGUAAGCUAUGAUUUUAAGGAGGAAAGGUUUGCACAAUUGCACAGAUCUGCACUUGGGUUCCCAGAAGAAAGGUUCUUCUUCUCAGGUACCCCAGCUACAGCUACAGCAAAGGAGGCAGCUCUGAAAGGUGAAGCCUCUGUCAGGUCUCAGUUCCAAGAAGAUCCAUAUGGAUGUGUUGGUUCUCUUCGUGUAAAGAGGCUCAAGAGAGACCCGUUUCACCGUACCAUUCCCUACCCCAAUGGCUGCCCUGAAUUGAAGGGCCUAUUCUCCUAUUGCGGCAUGGUGCCAUACUCUGGGAACCUUCCUUGGACUCAGUACCGGAAAAAGGCAUGA